GUGUCGCCUCUGACACGUCAUUGGUAGAGGGAGAGAAGGUUCAAUAGCUUGUUAGUUGAGGAGAAACAGUGAACAGAGUUCUCGUGGUUGACAGAGGUUAUUGUGGGGUGAGAGUGGGCAUCGUUAAAAAAAAUAACAAGUGAAGUAGUUGACAUUGUGUGGAUGAAAUAAGCUCAAACUCCGAUAUUUAGUGAUACAUCGCUGAAAGGAUUUCACUGCAGUGUUGCACUGUAAAGGGACGCAAAAAUGUCGUCUCCAAGUCCGGGCAAGAGGCGAAUGGAUACCGACGUGGUGAAACUCAUUGAAAGCAAACAUGAAGUCACCAUCUUGAGCGGACUUAACGAGUUUGUGGUGAAGUUUUAUGGACCACAAGCAACGCCAUAUGAAGGAGGUGUGUGGAAGGUGCGAGUCGAUCUACCAGACAAAUACCCAUUCAAGUCUCCAUCUAUAGGUUUUAUGAAUAAAAUAUUCCACCCAAACAUUGAUGAAGCGUCAGGCACUGUCUGCCUAGACGUUAUCAAUCAGACAUGGACAGCCCUUUAUGAUCUCACCAACAUUUUUGAGUCCUUCUUACCUCAGUUAUUAGCGUACCCUAAUCCCAUCGAUCCCUUAAACGGAGAUGCAGCUGCCAUGUACCUCCAUCGGCCAGAGGAAUACAAACAGAAAAUCAAAGAAUACAUCCAGAAAUAUGCAACAGAAGAGGCCCUGAAGGAACAGGAGGAAGGUGCUGGGGACUCCUCAUCAGAGAGCAGCAUGUCGGAUUUCUCAGAGGACGAGGCCCAGGACAUGGAGUUGUAGUGUCAUCCUGACGACUCUCCAACCACAAAGACUAUGAUGUUUUUCCUAAAUAUCUGAAGCAGACUUAUGAUAUUCAUAUUUAAACAUGGCAAUUUUUUUAUUACUAAACAGGAAUUUUUAUGACUAUAUUAUUAGCGUCUGUGUUAAUGGCACCCUUUUGUGAGGGUUUCUUUUUUUUCUUCUUGAUCAUCCUCCCCACAAAUUUCACAAAGCAUUGUCAUGUCCUGUCCCGCAACAAUAGUAGCCCAGUCUGACCGCAUGAGACGACUCAUACCCCAAUCAUUAUUUGUCACAGCAAAAACAAACUGGGGCUGAUGUGGGACAAAGCGUUGAUGACAAAUGGUGGCCUCCUGCACCGACUGGCAAAAAAUGGAGAAGAAACUGUUGCUACAUCAUGGCAACGCUAAAAAGUUCUCAUUCACAAACAGCCACUUUCCCCCAGUUUUGAGUUGAGCUGUUUAUUUUGACAGUAUACCAGUAGUUAUAUAUGGACCCGAGUAAGGAUUUCAAAGGCUUGUUCUGGUUAUGUACUACCUUAUUUGCCUCUUGCAAAUUUCUUCUGCGGAUUUUGGAUUUCUUGCUUAUUCUGAGUUGUGUGUGGGAGGGUGGGACAAAGGGGGGGUUAUGGACGCAAGACCUUUUUUAUAUGCACAAUGGAUAUUUUCACCUAAUUGUUCGUAUUAAGAGUAUCUUGUGUACAUAGAACAUCGCGCCUCACUGAGGAUCAGUGGCUUUUCUGAGAUGGGAACUCCUUGUUCGGCAUCAACCAAGACAUUCUUCAGGUGAACUGUCGCCUGACCACAAGACUGCUGUCAAGGCUGUAGACAUCAGUAGUGAAAUUCAACGAUUUUUAAAGCCUCGGUUCCAUUAGUUUUUUUUGUCUUACAUGUCUUUUAUCCUUUGCUCGUGACCACAAGGAUUAUUAACACAGAGAUACCCACAAUAAAAUGCCCUGAGCAUUGCUUUUAAAAAUAGCCUGCAGAUAUUUUGGGUAACUGGCUGUGUGUAUGUAUACAUCUUGUGUAGGCUAAUCAGUAUUCAGUUUUUAUGUGGGGGUGGGGGAAGAGGGGAGGGAGGGUGGGUAGUGUGUGUUUCAUUUAUCUUGUUUUUCCAGAUUGUCGUUAACACAUCAAUGUGUUAAUACUAAAUAGUCCCACAUAUCAUUCUCCAUGUUGCCAGUCUCCACAAUGGCUCUGUAUCAUUAUGACAGAUGUGAGGUUCAUUCUUUCUCCAUGUCAGCAGGAUUUGCAAUUCUGUUAAGUCAUUGUACAAGCCAUGUCUGUAAAGAAAAACAGUUGUAUUCUCUGAAAAGAGGAAAUGGCAAUAAAGAGUGAUGUGGGGGAAACAAAUUGUGUUUGCAAAUGAAGGCCUAAUGACUCUCGCUUCAGUAAGAGUAGUUGGUUAUUUGUUACAUUUGAACCCUGAAACAAACAAGCCAGCAUGUUUUGACAAUAGAUUGAUUGUUGACAUCUUGACUGAAAUCAUUGUAAAGGAUGACACUGAUCAUCUCUUCAAAGUAACAAAACAAGCCAAACUUAGUUUGUGGCUAAACUAGGUAAUUAAACUUAGCAAGAGGUUUGACUAUUUCCCUGUUUAAAGCCUCCUGAAAAUGCUCUGUUAAGUUUGACUGAACUUGUAUGUUCCUGGGAGAGAUGCUAACACUAUUACUCACUGGUCUAUUGCCUGUUAAGUUACAUGUUUAUGCCUGCUGGAUUUAUCAUGUUUGACAGGGUACAGAAGAAAUAAAAAGGGAAAACAACCCCUUUUGUGAAGAAACUAUAGCUGUGUACAGCAAUCCACUAGACGGUUGUCACUAGGCUUUAAAUUGUGCAAGUAUGCAUAUGUUGAGCAGGAAUACUUUCCAUGGUUCUGGCAUUUGACAUUUCAAUGGAGCGCGCUGAGCUGAACUUACCUGAGUUCUGUAGGCUACUGGCAUUUUGAUAGAUUUAGUGUCUGAAACAACCAAUAAAUUCAUGCUGAAUGAAGUUUCGGCCAAAACA